AUGGUCGCUUCUACGCUCGCACCAACGAAAGAAAGUUACGAGGAGAUCCGGCAACGGAAUAUCGCAGCUACUUAUGGCGUGAUAAGGAAAUUGAUACAUGGGAGUCAACAGAUCGCAGUUUAUUGCUGUCCUUACAACUCGCCGGCGCCUGGGGCGAAUCCCCAACCACACAGCGACGACCGAGACGAGCGAACGGACGAAAACAGCAAGACGCGGGCAGAGAAGAAGCGACGGAAGUCGACGCGGCGAGAGGCGGAGCAAGCGGCGGAGGGGGAGGGGGAUGAGAAGCCGCAGGAGGAGGCAGGCUCGCGUCGACGGAGUGGCCGGAUCCAGAAGCUGCAAGCACGGAAGCAGAACAAGCUGGCUGGAGUGGAGGAUGAGCGCUCGGAAGGCUCGGAGGAGUCGGAGGACGAAUAUGAUGAUCAAGAUGGGCCUGAUGGAGGCGACUCUUCUGACGGCUCGGAAUCUAAGGAAAUCUCCCGCAAACGCAAGUCGACCUGGAAACCGCCCUCGGGACCUAAACGUCCUCGUGGCUCCCUUCCCCCUCAACGUAAAGCUAAAAGCUUGAAAGGUCAUCGUCCGAAUCCGAAAAUCUUCGGUCAGCAGGUCGGCACCGAGGUUGGCGAUUGGUGGGACUCUCGGAUGUUGUGCUCGCAGGCUGGUGUGCAUGCCCCACCAGUUUGUGGGAUUGCGGGUAGCGACGGGGUGGGCUGUUACAGUGUAGCGUUGAGUGGGGGAUACGAGGACGAUGUGGAUCUGGGCUAUGCGUUCACGUUUACGGGCUCGGGAGGACGGGCGUUGAGCGGGACGAAGGAGAACCCGAAGAAUCUCCGGACGGCGCCGCAGAGCUCGGACCAGGAGUUCACGGCGAUGAACGCCUCGGUCCGACUGUCCUGCGAACUCAAGAACCCGGUCCGAGUGAUCCGUGGGUUCAAGAACCAUAGCCCGUUUGCUCCCGAAUCAGGUUAUCGUUACGAUGGCCUCUAUAGGGUCGAAAAGGCUUGGAGAGAGGCCGGUCAAUCCGGCUUCCAAGUCUGCAAACCCAAGAUUCCAGUCAAACCGGGGCGAGAAGCGGAGGCGGAGCAAAUCUUACGGGACAUGGGUAUCGCGACGGAAGAGCUGCUGGAGAUUGUUGCGCAGACCCAAGAAUGGACCCAGAAGCUGGCCAAGCAGAGGAUAGAGGAGCAGCGACGACAGAGGCAAUGCGCGACGGAGGCUGGCGGUGCAGAUGGGAAGGACGAGCAGCCAGAAGAGACGGCCGAUCCAGACGCAGAGGGGCCGGUGAAGGCCGUUGCAGAUGCAGCAACAGAGGAUCCAGUCGAGACUUCUAAACUCACCCCGUCCCCUCAAAACACCCAGGACGUCGGGUCGAGCAGCUUGGAGCCCGAGCGCUGUUCCGACAAACCAGCCGAGCCAAACCAGCCAGUUGAUGAUCAAGAAGCUCAUCCUGCCGCGCCGAGAUCGCCGAAAGCCGUGCCCGACGAGCCCGCGGUACUAUCAUCAGUCGAGAAGACCGGCGAUGAGGCGGAUCCCCCUUCUGGCGAGGAGUCGGCCACCAAGACUGUCGACGAUGGCCGAUCUGCUCUGGAGACUGAUCUAGGAGGACCAGAGAGAGUGGCUUCGUUGCCAGACAAGCACUCGGCCUCCAAGCCGGUGCCCGAGAAGACCCCUUCCGCCACGGUCCCACUAGUCGAGUCUCUGGACAAGGAGAUGGCGACUGUUGCCUCUGAUUCUGAGGUUGUGGUCAAUGAUGACUGA